AUGAAGCUGAUAAAUUUCUUUUGGCAUCGUUUGGGUCCAUAUCCCCUCUGUUUUAUUCAAAUUUUUUUUUUCCAGUAUUCGUUACCGCACGGUAGUUGCAAUGGUGUCAUGGAAGCAAAAAGUUGGAUAGCUAACAUAUAUAUCUCGUUUUUAUCCUGCCUGAUCAACCCUUCAGUUUUUCUAAAAAAAAUUAUUUCGUUUCAGGGUUUCCGAGGCCUAUACCGGGGAUACUUGAGUACAAUUUCACGUGAAAUACCGUUUUCUUUCAUUCAAUUUCCCGUGUGGGAACAACUUAAGGUGAGACUGACGUCUGCAUUUUGUGGUAGUUUAGCCGGAUGUACCGCGGGUGCUAUCACCACACCACUGGAUGUGGCGAAGACACGGAUCAUGCUGCCGGGUACUCCAUUGGCAUCUGGUCACCUAGGCCAUGCACUGCGCCUAGUGUUUCAUGAGAACGGAAUUCGUGGGUAA